ACACACAGACAUACACCCCUUUGAUAAGGAAGACGAGAGAGACGGGAGAGAGAAAAAAAAAAAAGAGUGGUAGAAGGAAUCGAACCGGCUGAGGUUAUAGGCGCCGUGUGGAUCCGACGGGUGUUUGCGCUGCGAUCCAAGAGGAGGAGAGGAGGAGAACAACGCGACGGACAAUGCUGCUUCACAUCGCCUCUGAACAAACCCAGUGUCCCGCCGCGGGAGGGGGGGAUGCCGCAUAGAUUCGAUCACAAUCACCGGUAGUCGGUCGCGGUCGUUUUCUGUCGGAUUCCGCCCUCGUGCACAGGCGCAGCAUCACGCGACACCGGCGCCACCUCGCCCUCGGCACUGGCUACUUCAGGGAUGCAUCACUGUACAUUGUCUCGCGUCGCUACGCUGUUCUGAUGCAGACUCCUCCGAUUGUACGCGGAUUUUUCUUUUAGUUUUUUUUUUUUUUUUUUUUUUACAUAGGUUCAUAUUGAAUAAUUUUAUUUUUUCUGCAGCUGGAUCAUCCGGAUGCCCUCGACUGAAUAAUCGAAUGGUUCCCUGGAUGCGAGCGUCUCAUGUUUGAUUUGGCCGCCGCAUGAAUUCUCCCACCGGAUCCUCGUCGGUGAACGCUGCUGCUGUCCUCCUCCUCCUCCUCCUCCACCUCCUCCUCCUCCUCCUCCUCCUGCUCAGACGGCCGAUCCUCGCAGAGGGCACUACCCUCCUCCCUGCCGCUAAAGACAUUUUGAUCGUCCUCCUCCCCGCUUCCCCCCAGCCGGACUCCACCAUCACCACCACCUCCUCCUCCUCCUCCUCCACCACCACCACCACCUCCUCCUCCUCCUCCUCCACCACCACCACCUCCUCCUCCUCCUCCUCCUCCGGAACAUGUCGGGACAGUCUUUGACGGACCGGAUCGCCGCCGCGCAGCACAGCAUGACCGGCUCCGCGAUCAGCAAAGCCGUGUGCAAGGCCACGACGCACGAAGUCAGCGGACCCAAGAAGAAACACCUUGACUACCUGAUCCACUGCACCAAUGAGAUGAACGUCAGCAUCCCCCACCUGGCAGACACGCUACUGGAGCGCACAGCCAGCAACAGCUGGAUAGUGGUUUUCAAAGCGCUCAUCACCACACACCACCUCAUGAUGUACGGCAACGAGAGAUUGAUGCAGUACCUUGCCUCCAGAAACACGCUCUUCAACCUCAACAACUUUCUAGAUAAGGCUGCACUACAAGGGUACAACAUGUCAACUUUCAUCAGACGCUACAGUCGCUACCUGAACGAAAAAGCCAUGUCUUACAGAUUAGCAGCCGUGGACUUCACCAAGAUGAAGAGAGGAGCUGACGGUGUGAUGCGCACCAUGAACACGGAGAAGCUGAUUAAGACUCUGCCUGUCAUUCAGAACCAGCUGGACGCACUACUGGAUUUCCAGCCUAACUCCAACGAGCUGACCAACGGGGUGAUCAACACGGCCUUCAUGUUGCUCUUCAAAGACUCCAUACGGUUGUUUGCUGCUUAUAACGAAGGGGUCAUCAACAUGCUGGAGAAAUACUUUGACAUGAAGAAGAACCAGUGCAAAGAAGCUCUGGAGAUCUACAAGACCUUCCUCAACAGGAUGACCAAACUGUCCGAGUUUCUCAAAGUGGCAGAGGCCCCUAGCUCUCUCCUGGAGGCUCUGGAGCAGCAUCUAGCCUCUCUGGAGGGCAGGAAGCUCAAGGACCUCUCCGUGGCCAGCAGAUCCAGCACCUUAUCCAGUGCAGUGUCCUCUCUGUCCAGCACUGGGAUCUCUCUCAGCCGUAUGGACGACAAGACAGAGGACAACAGACACAAGGACGACGGUCAUAAGGUGAUCGACCUUCAGACGCCCACUGUGUCGCCCGGCACCCAGUCAGUAGGAAGUGCCAACAGCAGCGGAGGGGCCACGGAUCUCUUCUCCAACUCACCCAUCGUACCCAUCAACAACCAUGUGCCAAACCUGACCAGUGAGCUGUUCACCCUGCAGCCAAACUUCACCCCCAUCCAGACCACACACACUGUGCCCAACAAUAACAAUGCCUGGGGAGGUGACCUCCUGAAGCCAGCCCCGCCCACUCAAAUUCACAGCCCAGGAGCCCCGUUGCACUGUGGGAAAAUGCUGCCCAGUGAUUUGGAUUCUUCAUUAGCCAACCUUGUUGGUAACCUUCAGUUUGGGGGGACGUCAGCUAAAAAGCCGGAGCUCCAGUGGAGUCAGCUGGUAGAGAAGAAGCCGACAGGAGGAAGUAGCUGGCAGUCAAAGACCAUGUGCACCAGCACCAAUUGGGCCCACGCCACCCAUCCCAUGGCACCUGCACCCAUGCCCGUCCCUCAGAUGAAUGGGAUGAUCUAUACUGGCUAUGCUCCAGCACCAAUGGCUUUUCCUAUGACGUCACCCCAAGUGCCUGUGUAUGGAAUGCUCCCUCCUCAGAUGAGUCAUCAGAUGGGGGGCGUUCAGAUGAUGCCCCCACAGCCUGUCAUGUACAACCAGCCUGUCCUGAGACCUACCAAUCCCUUUGGACCCAUACCGGGGACACAGAUGCACUUCAUGUAGGGAUGAUGUUGUAACCAUGGCAGCAAAGCUGAAAGAGAAGGCGAGAGCAAAGAGAUGGAGGCAGAGUCAGAGAAAAAAACACAUCCAGAACCAAAUCCCAAUGCAGGAGGGAGAAAGACAAAGAGAGAGAACAAGGCAUCGGAGAGGAAGAAGGAGAGAGGACCAGAGGAUGGAUAAAGGAUGAAAUGCUGAUCUAUCUAUGUCGCCUGACCCUCUAAUCUCCUCUCCUCUCCUCUCUCCGUGUGGCUACUGAUCUCUUCAUCUUUGAAUUUUUAAUGCCGGGGCACCAGAGGCUCCUCGUCAGUCACACUCAUCCUCCGUUUGAUUUGCCAAUUCACACGGCGAGUAUGACCUGUGGCGACCCUACAAGAACUGACAGCUCCAUGGAGGUGCAGAAGCUCUACAAGGCACUUCCUGACCUCCUCAUCCAGAUCAUUCCCUGUAUUAAAAAUGUACCCACUUCCCUCUCAAUCCCACGACUGAAUCAAACUCUGAGGACGCGCAUCUCUUUCUCUGAUUGGAUCGUUUGCUGGCACUUUACUCAAUGUGAACUUUGCCAAGGGUGUGUGUCUGUGUGGGUGAUUUUAGCAUCUUGUUCAGAUUGGUUCCCGGUUGUGUGUCAUCCAUCACCUGAUGUCAGAAGUAAAUCGAUAUGAAUGCGUGUGUGCGUGUCCCUUUUUCUACAUUUCAGUGUGCUGCAUCAACAUUACCAUUUGAGUCUUUUUACGAGCUCAAUUUGUUCUUAAUUGCCAACUUCACAUUAAGAAUCUGGCAUGGAAGGAUAAUUUGCGGGUGUGCCUGUGUGUGCGUGUGUGGAUGGACGUAGCUGUGUAGGGUAUGUACUGUAUGUUUUUUCUUUUGGUACCUGAUGUCAUUACUGUGUUGCCAGGUACCAAUGUGUUGCUGCACUGGAACUAACUGAUGAAAGCACUGAGCCACAGCCAGGCAUCAUAUUUGGAUGUAAACAAACCUCUUACACUAACUCUGCUACUUGGAGAUGUGCUGUACACUGUAUUUUGUUUUUUUCCUCUUCCUCUACAGCUGUGCAAUAUCAUGCAACCUUGUUACUGUCUUUCCCGCCCCCCCCCCCAUCUGUAGCUUGUUUAGAAGCUGUUUCCUGCUGUAGUGUUGUACCUCUUGUGUCCACAUCUGGCUCUGUACAGAAUGCUUUUUUUCCUUUUCUUUUAAACUUGUUCUGUUGAACCCAUACUGCUCUUAAAGUAGUAGGGAAAUUUCCAGCCCUUCUCAGCUCUGACUCUCAAUUGUAAGUUGUCCUCCCCAUCCUGAGCAUUCGUCCUGUCCAAGACUAGUCUUGUGAUGUCCUCUACACUCCAGAAAACCUGGAUAGGGGGAGUUAUGGCAGCAGAUGUCGACUCCACUUGGGUGGAUAAAAGAUUUUUGCGAGCAGAGAUAACUUCAUCAAUGUGGUGUUAACAUUUGAGGGAGAAGUUAAAGGUCAGUUGGAGGGGACAAAUGAGGACCAGACUGUCGGAGAGCGACCGAGGGAAUCGUUUGCUGGUCACGACCCUAGUAAUGGUAGCAGUGAGGACAUACAGAUUAAUUUGGACAGCCAGAGGCGGGGAGGCUUUAAUGAGACGUUUAAUGUUAAUGUGGCUUUUCUCGCAAAUCCAAGGUCAAGUAGGACUCACUGACAGACGAUAUAUAUAUAUAUAUAUGUAUAUAUAUGUACAUAUAUAUAUAUAUAUAUAUAUAUAUAUAUAUAUGUACAUAUAUAUAUAUAUAUAGCACAAACCUCUGAGGAGGGAACAAUGCUCUGCUGCACAAAAACCUAAAAUCAUUGCUGGGAUGUACAGUUGAAAGGGGCAAUAAUUGAUUGGGGAUAAGGUUGUUUUCUAUUGAUUGUGUCUGUUCUAUGUACUGUACUGUACGUGUGUUUGUGUGCACAUGCCUUCCCAUAGAGAUAAACAGGGUCAUGUUCCUCGGUUAGAGAUGAAAGGUCUCUAGCGAGUUGGUAGCGUGUACUAACUUAGCAGUGAGUGCUAUUGUGACCGUGUCUCAGUCUGUACAACACAUCAAUUUAAGAUGGUUCUAGGAUCCCUCAUCCUAGGCAAAGAGAAAAAGCCCAGGGUCAUCAGACCUGGAAUCUCAAAGGGAAUCUGAGGGUGAACCUCUCCAGACAGCUGGAUCUGCACAGGGUGGUGAUUUCUAACUUCAUCAGAGAUUUGCAACUUAAUGGUGGUGUAUUGUUAUGAUUCAUCAUUGAACUCUGUGCUGCAUUUGUGAAAAAUAUUCUCUUUCUGUAACUGCAGCUAUGACUCUACUACCAGCGGAGAGAGACUUCUGUAUUAGAAAUCAUCACCAAGCAGACAGAAAUUCUCUGAGGUUUCUAAAUAAGCCGCAGCUGACAUUUAGAUACCCUCCUUUUGAAAAAUGUUCCACUACCCCUGUUACCCGUUGUCCCAGUGGUUUGUCUUUCUCCGUCAGCAGAAUGCUCUUUUCAUUGUGCACUUCAUUCCCACAACGCAGCUCGAUCCAUCCUGGGCCAACCUCUGACUGUUACUGUGUCCUUUGUAUAUAGGUAAUGCCGUUCAUGUGUUUUUAGACGUGCUCUCUCUGUAAAGUGAUUGAAGCCCCAUUGGAUGACGUUACUGUAUGUGGGACAAUUUAUUGCUGUAUCUGUGUUUGAAUGGUUGUAUUUUGAAGGUGUCAUCAUCCAGGGAUGGUUGGGGGUGGGUGGGGUUGAUGUUUGUGAUGUUUGUGUCCAUCUAGAUGAGUAAGGUUUGGGGUGGGGGUCAAGGGUAAAUUAUCACAACUGGUCUAUACCAAGAGUGUCUUCAUUGAGGAAGUGGACAGGACAGGGUCUGUCCUCUUCAAAACAGGAACAUUUUUUUGCACCAAAGUCAUCAUCAAAGCGCAGCUUCUUCUUAUUCAAGGUCACAACGGAUGGAUGAUAUCAGAACUCUAAGGAUUUUUUUUUAAUCUUUUCUUUUUAGAGACAAAAAAAACCUGUCUUUUUUUGCAUGAUUAAGUGUCGUCUUUUUAUUGGCUUGUGUGCCCGGUAAAAGCAUGACCAUUGUGUGAACUCUCACUUACCGGUGUGUUUGGAAAAUGUUAAGGAAAUUUCUCCAUGAGAUUUUUUACUUACCUCUUGACAUGGACGUUCAUUGACAUUCAUAAUCAACUGUUUUACAAUGUACGAUCCGUAACUGUUUGAAGGCUGUCACGCAUGCAGAAAUGCAACUUGCAAGUAACCCAUCAAACUUCAAACCCAGUUACCAUAGCUGCAUCUUUGUAAAACACCAUGGAUGUCAAUGCCAGUUAUCACCUAGCUACAUUGCAGUCUUGUAAAAUCGCUCUUUAUUAAAGCGUUGCUAUUUUCAA